AUGAAAAGUUUUAAAUUGGGGAAAGUUUCAUAUGUUAUGAACUUGUUUUGGACAGCAGUUUCUUGGCAGGUUUUUAAUGUUGGAUGUGUUGGGCUUAUAUUUAAGGUUUCUUCAUUGUUUUCUAACGUUAUGUGUGUUUUAGGUUUGCCUGUUGCACCAAUUCUGGCUGUGAUCUUUCUCCAUGAGAGUCUUAAUGGAUUGAAGGCCAUAGCCAUGUUAUUGGCCAUGUGGGGAUUUGCAUCUUCCUAUGCAGGUUUUGCAUUGAUUCUGUCUGUCACACAACUUAUCUUUCGGAAAAUGAUCAAAAGGGACCCUCUUUGUGCCAUAAUAGACAUGUCGAUUUUCUCGAGUUUGGCUGCAACGUGUGCUAUACUAAUAGGGCUAUUUGCCAGUGGAGAUUGGAGAAAAUUGAGCUCAGAAAUGGAAAGUUUUAAAUUGGGGGAAGUUUCAUAUGUUAUGAACUUGUUUUCGACAGCAGUUUCUUGGCAGGUUUUUAAUGUUGGAUGUGUUGGGCUUAUAUUUAAGGUUUCUUCAUUGUUUUCUAACGUUAUGAGUGUUCUAGGUUUGCCUGUUGCACCAAUUCUGGCUGUGAUCUUUCUCCAUGAGAGUCUUAAUGGAUUGAAGGCCAUAGCCAUGUUAUUGGCCAUGUGGGGAUUUGCAUCUUGUAUGUGUCAACAUUAUCUUGGAUUCUUGAUGAUAUGA